CUCCUUCCGUUCCCCUGGACGAUACCUCCUCUUCUCACCGCAGUACAUCACAGCUGUUUCCCAGCCUUAUUUGCCUGUCGAUAAGCUGGUGUUGAGGAAUGAAUCUAUCCGUUGCUGGAGCAACAUCCCAUUUAUCACCAUGCCCCUCAGUCGUACACAUGGCAAGUCAUUUGCACAUCGCAGUGAGCUGAAGCAUGCUAAAAGGAUUGUGGUGAAGCUGGGUAGUGCUGUUGUGACUCGAGGGGAUGAGUGUGGAUUGGCUCUUGGGCGGUUGGCAUCUAUUGUUGAGCAGGUGUCAGUGCUGCAGAAUCAGGGUCGGGAAAUGAUGAUAGUCACCAGUGGUGCUGUGGCCUUUGGAAAACAGCGAUUGCGCCAUGAGAUCCUGCUUUCCCAAAGUGUGAGGCAGGCCCUCCAUUCAGGACAGAACCAGCUAAAGGACAUGGCUAUUCCAGUCUUGGAGGCACGAGCCUGUGCAGCAGCUGGGCAGAGUGGACUGAUGGCUCUCUAUGAGGCCAUGUUUACACAGUACAGCAUUUGUGCAGCUCAGAUUUUAGUCACCAAUUUGGAUUUCCAUGAUGAACAAAAGCGUCGGAAUUUAAAUGGGACAUUGCAUGAGCUGCUGCGGAUGAACAUUGUCCCUAUUAUUAACACCAAUGAUGCUGUUGUUCCACCUCCAGAACCAAACAGUGAUCUUCAGGGGGUUAUUAGCGUUAAGGAUAAUGAUAGUCUGGCAGCACGAUUGGCUGUAGAAAUGAAGACUGAUCUCCUGAUUGUUCUCUCAGAUGUAGAAGGGCUCUUUGACAGUCCCCCAGGGUCAGAUGACGCGAAGCUCAUUGACAUAUUUUACCCUGGAGAUCAGCAGUCUGUGACAUUUGGAACCAAAUCCCGGGUAGGGAUGGGAGGAAUGGAGGCCAAGGUCAAGGCAGCUCUAUGGGCCCUCCAAGGUGGCACCUCUGUAGUGAUCGCAAAUGGAACCCAUCCAAAGAUCUCUGGCCAUGUUAUCACAGACAUUGUGGAGGGGAAAAAAGUUGGCACUUUUUUUUCAGAGGUAAAACCUGCAGGCCCUACAGUAGAACAGCAAGGUGAAAUGGCUCGAGCUGGAGGCAGGUCCCUAGCGGCACUACAGCCUGAACAGAGAGCAGAGAUUAUCUAUCAUCUAGCUGACCUGCUAACUGACCAGAGAGAAGAAAUUCUAUUGGCCAAUAAAAAGGACUUGGAAGAGGCUGAAAGUAAAGGGAGAUUGGCACUUCCUUUGAUGAAGCGACUGAGUCUGUCUACAUCAAAGCUGAAUAGCUUGGCCAUAGGACUUCGUCAGAUCGCAGCAUCCUCCCAGGAGAGUGUAGGCCGUGUCAUUCGCAGAACACGAAUAGCAAAAGACUUAGAGCUGGAACAGGUGACUGUGCCUAUUGGGGUCCUGCUGGUGAUCUUCGAAUCCCGCCCUGACUGCCUCCCACAGGUGUCUGCCUUGGCCAUUGCCAGUGGAAAUGGCUUAUUACUUAAAGGAGGGAAAGAGGCAGCACAUAGCAAUCAAAUCCUUCACCAUCUAACACAAGAAGCACUUUCCAUCCAUGGGGUCAAGGAUGCAGUGCAGCUGGUGAACACCAGAGAGGAAGUAGAAGAUCUUUGCCAUUUGGAUAAACUGAUAGACCUGAUCAUUCCACGUGGCUCUUCUCAGCUGGUUAGGGAUAUCCAGAAAGCUGCUAAAGGAAUCCCGGUUAUGGGGCACAGUGAAGGGAUCUGCCAUAUAUACGUGGAUACAGAGGCCAGUGUAGAGAAGGUCACCAGAAUAGUCAGAGAUUCAAAGUGUGAAUAUCCUGCUGCCUGUAAUGCUCUGGAAACGCUAUUAAUUCACCGGGACUUGCUGCGAACACCCUUGUUUGACCAGAUCAUCGACAUGUUGAGAGUGGAACAG